GGCACUGAAACGCAGAGAGAGGAGAGCGAGGAGGAAGAAGUAGAAGGGGGUGUGACACAGCAUGCACACUUAGAGAAAGCCUCUCUACAGUUUGGGGAAAGUCAUUGGACUGAAAACUUUUACAAAUCUCGUAUCUCCUUGGAUCUGUUUGUUUUUUUCUCGUCCAUGAGUGCUGCAAGUGUGCUUAGGUCUUUCAGCCCAUCAGCAAUGCCUGGCCCAGUAAUGCCGAUGGAUGUGGCUAUGAGAUUCUACAUCAGCCACUCUCCCCCUCCUCUCCGAGGGUUUCUCAGCUCCUACGAAGAGCUGCAGCGGGCCAAGAACCGAGUCAACCAGUCUACCACACGCAGCCGCGACCAGCAGCUGUACAAACCACUGCGGCCCUGCCUCAGCAGCCAGCAGAAAGCAGUGGAUGGUGUCAACUGUGUGGGCUGGAGCAACAAGGCCAGCAAGAAGAGGGUGGUGUUCGCCGACACAAAGGGCAUGUCUCUCACCGCCAUCCAUGUCUUCUCCAAGUUCGACGACGAGCCGUAUCCAAACAAACGUUGCGGGGGAAUCGUGGAGGAGCUGCAGUUUGACAUGACAGACCUGGAAAUAGCCACAAGGGACCUAAAGAUAAGUUCUGCACGCAGCCUGGCGCUGGACUUUAAACAGCCCUCAGCCGACUACCUGGACUUCAGGAACCGCCUGAUUCAGAAUUCAGUCUGCUUGGAGAACUGCUCGCUGCAGGAGCGCUCACUGACCGGCACCAUCAAGGUCAGGAACAUCGGGUUUGAGAAGUCGGUUAAGGUGCGCAUCUCCUUUGACUCGUGGGUCAGCUUCAUUGACGUCGACUGCACCUUCAUGAAUAAUGUCUACGGCUGCCAGGACAGUGACACCUUUGCAUUCGUCCUGGACGUGCCCCCCCACAUCCCGCCACAGAACCGGAUCGAGUUCUGCAUCUGCUUCACUGUCAAGGACCAGAUCUUCUGGGACAAUAAUGACGGCAAGAAUUAUGUUCUCAAGCAUGUUGGCUGGAACGGAGAGGACCUAAACAUUCUGUCACGUCCAUCUUGUGUGGAGCAGAAGAAGCCAUCGGAGCACAAAAACGGGGGUGUGAAGCUGCUGGAGAUGGAGUUCGAUCAGUUCGGCAGCCCACGCAUGUCCAGCGGACUCUUCCCAGGGUGGCAGAGUUGGGGUCAGAUUGAAAACGCCGUGCCUUAUUGGUGAAAACAUCAGGACUGCAUUGGAAUAAGAAAACGGACACUGACAGGGCAUUCAGUAUGAAUCCAGCUGUGGGUUUGAGCUUGGACUGGCUCUCAGCCAGAGGGUAAACAUAAGCAAACAAACUCUGCUUUUCCAGCAGAGGAAGUGCACAAAUCAGACAGAAACCGAACUGUAAUGUGCUCAACUGACCUGCUUUUUUGCUGUAACAUGGUCAUUUUUGCCUGAGAGACUUGAUGAACUGUGGUUGGAGGAUGAGGGAUUUAAGGGGGAAGUCUGGUUGAGUUUAACAUAUUACUCUUUGGUAAAAUAUUAAUGUGCCUUCUCAGAGUGCCUGCCCACUAAAAUACAGACUAUUUGUACAACCCACAACAAUUGUUAAGCCCAUUUUGAGGGCCUCAUGUAAUGGUUGAAUAUGCACUGAUUGAGAUGUCCCUCUCAAUGUGAUGUCUGUAAACUGAAGAAGUGGAAAUGGAGCUGAUAAAGUCCUUCAUAUUGAAGGGAAAGUACAAGGAGUGCAUGGCAACAUAAUGCUUCUCUACUAAAGGAAACAGCUGAUUCAUUUCUAAUGAAAAAAUGCACACUAAACCUUUGCACCUUCAUAAAGUAAAAUAAUCACACAUGAUUCGAAAUGGCCUUAAUUU